UCUUGUUGUUGCCUUGUUCUAUCUCGUGCUUGUCACUUUCGUCGCACACCAUGUCACGUAAACCAACAGCGACGGGGCGACCAACUAUCGCUAGAGUGACUUCCAUGUCAUCCAUGGCACCUCCGAAAUCAUCAUCUACAGCGGUCGGAAGGUUAUCUGUCAUGCCUGCUGGAAGUGUCAAACCCCCUUCCAUGGGUAAAGAUGACAUGUCUGGUCCCAGUCGGCAUCCUAUCACGGUGGGAGAGACCAACAUCAAUGUCGUGGUCAGAUUGAGAGGUCGAACCCCACGCGAGGUCGAAUCUACUUCUCCUAUCAUAGCGAAGACGCAAGGUGCCUUAUCCAAGGGUAUCACCAUCGAAGCUGUCCCUCAAUCAUCUGCAUUCGGAUCCGCAGGGAUCAACACCCAGAGCCCCGACAUCAAAUCAUAUGCGUUCGACAGAGUCCUCGGUCCCGAGGCGGAUCAAACAAUGGUAUUUGAGGAAGUCGCCAAGAGCAUGUUGGAUGAAGUCCUUGGAGGAUAUAAUUGCACUAUCUUUGCGUAUGGACAGACAGGAACUGGAAAGACGUACACAAUGCAGGGUGACCUGGAUCUGUCGGCUCUGGAUACACCAAAUGAUGCUGGAGGUAUAAUCCCACGCGUCUUGCAUCGCCUUUUUGCCCUCCUCGAAGCCAAAUCAAACACCGAUUAUGUGGUCAAGUGCUCAUAUCUUGAGAUCUACAACGAAGAUUUACGAGAUCUUCUGUCACAAGAUUAUGGCGUGCCUGGGUCCAACAGCCAGCUGAAAAUCUACGAGGAUGGAAAGAAGGGGACAAUGGUUCAAGGUGCGGAGGAGGUCGGGCUGCAGAAUCUAUCGCACGCUCUCAAGGUACUGAAAAAGGGAUGUCAGAGGAGGCAGACAGCGGAGACAAAAAUGAACACGGAGUCUUCCCGAUCCCACACGAUAUUCACCGUCACCGUUAUGGUCAAGGAGACUGGUUCAGGCGCUCACAGCGAGGAUACACUCCGCAUAGGCAAAUUCAACUUGGUGGAUCUUGCUGGAUCAGAGGCUAUCGGUCGAUCGGGCGCCACUGAAAAACGAGCUCGCGAGGCUGGAAUGAUCAACCAGUCUCUGCUCACUUUGGGUCGCGUCAUUUCUGCUUUGGUCGAGAAAGGUCCUCAUAUCCCUUAUCGAGAAUCGAAACUCACUCGACUGCUUCAAGACUCUCUUGGUGGACGUACGAAGACGUGUAUCGUUGCGACGGUCAGUCCAGUAAGGUCAAACCUCGAAGAGACCUUGUCAACACUGGAUUACGCUCUCCGUGCUCGGUCUAUCAAGAACAAGCCUGAGAUCAAUUCUCAUCUCACCAAAGCUGGUCUGUUACGAGAAUAUCUCGGCGACAUUGAACGAUUGAAAGCAGAGCUCAUCGCCGCCAGGGACAAGAGUGGGAUCUACGUGCCAGAUGAGCAAUGGUCGGAAAUGACAGAGGCUCAAACGAAGCUCGCGAGCGACCUGGUCGACGCUCAACAGCGUGCCGAUGGUUGCAGGAUCGAACUCAAUACCAAAAAGAGAGAAUUCGACGAUCUCGUUGUCCGAAUGGUGGCCACGAAGGAGGAUUUAAAGAAGACUCGACAGGCAGAGAAAGAGCUCGGCGAGCUGCUGGAGCAAACUCAGCAGGGACUAUCACUUGCCAAGCAGAAGUUGGAAGAGGAGAUGGUCGUCAGUCACGCUUAUCAACGCGGAGAGUCAAGAAUGGAAAAGGUGGCAGAGGAAUUGAAGGAUGUGGCUUUAGCUAGUGUCGGGGACGUAGGGGCGUUGUUUGAUAAGCUUGCUCGGAAGACCUCGGUCAUGGGUAGCAACACGGACGCAGCUUCAGCGUUCGGAUCCGACCUCAGUCGCCAUUCAACAGCAUUGCGCCAGGCUUUCAAAGGACUGCAGAACGUCCAAGCGAACCAGAGAGCUCAGGUCGAAGAGGAUCUGGCCGUGCAUGUCAAGCAAGGGCAAGAUAUGGCCAAGAAGGAUGUUCAAGACUUGGAGUCUGCUUUUGCGACCUUCAACGACCUAGCGCAGUCACUUGAAGAAUCGAUCGAGUCUGGCAAGAGCGUGGCUUCGGAAGCCGCUCAGUCCGUCGUCCAGGUCAAAGGCGAAGUUCAGCAUGCUGUCCAGCAGUGGGCUGCCAAAUUGAACAAGCGUUCUUCAAAGAUGAUUGCAGAGCUUCUCGACAAUCAGAAGGAUCAGUUGGCCAUGGUCGGAUCUGUACUCACCUCGACUGCGGACUUGGUCGACGCUGUCAUAUCGACUGCUCAUGCACAUUUGAAAGCUGAGCGAGAGGCGUCUGAAGAAGCACGGCGACUUGCCCUUGAUGCGUCGGAUGCCGAGGUCCUUCGCCUGCGUUCUCAGAAUGCGCUCUUGAGUCGCAUGCUGAUUGACGAGCGUUCAAAGACAGUCAAGCUUCGGACAGACCUGGUCAUGAAUUUCACCAACAUGGUUGAAUCCUUCACCGACGCCCAAGACUCCUCGCUUUCUCAAGCUGUUGGAGCGAUCCAAUCAGAGAACGAACAGUCUCUCGCAGCUAUGGACAUUUUCGCCGGUCAAGUUUCGGACAGCCACAAUGCGUCAACCGGUCUCACAGACACGUUUGAAGUGGAUCUCCAGAAAGCACAGAGGACCGCCGAGAUGCAACGCGUGACUGGUCAAGAGUCCUUGGACGGCUUCACUGCUGCUCUACAUACUGAACUUAACAACUACGGCAAGAAGGCAUCUACAGAGGCUGCUAAAUGCGUAUCUGUGGUCGAGGCUUCUUGCGGUCAGCUGGACAGCACUGCUUUGCAACUAUCGCAAGCUGCCACCGAGGUUUCCGGCGAGCAAUCAAAGACUUUACAUGCCAUCGCAGCCGAGGUCGAACGGACGCACUCUCAAUCUAGCGAAAGGAUAGAGGUGGCCGCUGCGCAAACCGAUGAGCUCUCUGCUACACUUAUGAAGUCUCACGCUUCAGCGGCCUCGGCAUUCGAAAACACCCUUUCGACUGCUCAAUCCACACUUGAGGCGCUCGUCGACCGGACUGCGAUCUUUGUCUCUCAGGAGAUUCUGGAGGACGUACCGACUGGUGUGACGCCGAAGAAGAAGAGCUGGAAUGUGCCGACAGCAUGGGAGAAGACCGAGCCGAGGGAUAUACUCAUAGCGCAAAUGAGGAAGCGACAAGCAUCCGGCUCGCAACCGAUCGUAGCUGUCGUGCCGUCAGGUCAGGACGCACCUUCCCUUGGAUCACACCAGAACCUAGAAGAGUCGACCGACGUUACGGAGCACUCUGCGCCUCAGUCUCAAUCCGAGACUCCCCUUGAGACUGCUCCAUUGCGGAUCGUCAAGCCUCGACCUAAGGUCUUGCCAGGACUCAACGGCGUCUCGAAUGGAAUACCAACCUCGAAGACGACGGGCAAACUGCAUGAAGACUUCUCUGGCAGUAGAACAGCGUUGAGCGUGCUGGGCGGUGAGAACACGGCGCCUCGAAAGGUCCGACGGUGAAGAAGAAGAGAACAGAGCGUAUCUAGCUAGUAGCCAAUUCCGCCAGGUGAUGAUAUAAUGAGAAUGUAUGUGGACUCUUGUGUUUUCA